AUGAAGCUCACCACCAAUGAUCUCUUUGCUUCUCAACCAUCGCUUCACUGUCCUUGUUCCUCCUCUUCCCGUCCUCGCCGUCGCCGUUUCCAUGGCCUUCAUUUUCCGAUCAACCUCACUAAUAAGAACAAUCCUCUAUCCAUUAUAGCGAUUUCUGAUUCCGAUCCUCCAUCUCGAACCGCCUUCUCUCGCCGCGCGAUUCUCCUCGCGCCUCCACUCAUCUCCGCCGCUGCUUCUUUGUUUCUCAAACCGAAUAUCUCUUUAGCUUCCGAGGAGAGCUCUUCCUCUACACUGACUUCGCCUCCGGAAUCAGCAUCUCCUCCUCCUCCGGCGACCGUUACUGCUCCACCGCCGUCUACAUCCGUGAAUAAGGAAGAGACUAUAACUUCGAGAAUCUAUGACGCGACGGCGAUUGGUGAACCGAUGGCUUUGGGAAAAGAUAAGAAGAAGGUGUGGGAGAAACUGAUGAAUGCGAGGGUUGUCUACCUCGGCGAGGCGGAGCAGGUGCCUACCAAAGACGACAAAGAGCUUGAACUCGAAAUCGUUAGGAACUUGAGGAAGAGAUGCGUCGGGAGUGAGCGUCAAAUCUCUGUGGCACUGGAAGCAUUUCCUCUCGAUUUGCAGGACCAGCUUAAUCAGUACAUGGAUAAGAGGAUGGACGGAGAGACAUUGAAGUCUUAUGUCACACAUUGGCCGGCUCAACGUUGGCAAGAAUAUGAGCCCCUUUUAACUUAUUGUCGUGAUAAUGCGAUUAGACUAAUUGCUUGCGGCACUCCUCUCAAGGUUUUAAGGACUGUCCAAGCAGACGGUAUCCGUGGUCUUUCAAAGUCUGAGCGUAAAUUAUACACUCCCCCUGCUGGUUCUGGGUUUAUCUCAGGAUUUUCUUCAUUUUCACGUAGAUCUGCAUUCGAUAUGAACCUCCCAACACAGAUUGUUCCGUUUGGACCAAGCUCUUAUCUGUCGGCACAGGCAAGAGUUGUGGAAGACCAUACAAUGUCACAAGUUAUUUUAAAAGCAGUAGCAGAUGGAGGUGGGACUGGGCUGCUAUUAGUGGUGACAGGGGCAACUCAUGUUGAGUAUGGUUCCAGAGGAACAGGGUUGCCAGCAAGGAUCUCUAGGAAGUUUCCAAAGAAAAACCAAGUUGUUGUAUUACUUGAUCCUGAAAGACAGUACUUGCGAAGAGAAGGAGAAACUCCAGUUGCUGAUUUCUUGUGGUAUUCUGCAGCAAGACCCUGCAGUAGAAAUUGCUUUGACCGAGCAGAGAUCGCUCGGGUAAUGAAUGCAGCUGGCAGGAGGCGAGAUGCCCUUCCACAGGAUAUUCAAAAUGGAUUGGAACGUGGCUUGGUGUCACCUGAGGUUCUGCAGAAUUUGUUUGAUUUGGAGCAGUAUCCUCUUAUUUCUGAGCUUACUCAGCGGUUCCAGGGUUUCCGAGAAAGAUUGUUGGCAGAUCCGAAAUUCUUGAAUAGGUUAGCUAUCGAGGAGGCUAUAUCAAUAACAACCACACUUCUAGCACAAUAUGAGAAGCGAAAAGAGAAUUUCUUUGAAGAAAUCGACUAUGUUAUAACUGAUACAGUGAGAGGAUCAGUCGUUGACUUUUUCACAGUUUGGCUUCCUGCCCCAACUUUGUCUUUUCUUUCAUAUGCUGAUGAGACCACUGGACCAGACAGCAUAGAAGCCUUGAGAGGCCUCCUAGGAUCCAUACCUGAUAAUGCAUUUCAAAAAACUCUUGCUGGAAGAGACUGGAAUCUGAAUCUUAGAAUUGCUUCAGUUAUUGUUGGUGGCUUGAAGCUAGCUGGUGUUGGAGUCGUUUCCAGUUUCGCAGCUGUGGGAGCUUCAAAUGCAUUGAAUGCUGUUCGAAAAAUCAUUAAACCAGAGUUGGUUGUUGCUCAGAAACCUAAGAGAUCUCCUCUUCUGAAGACGGCAAUGGUUUAUGGAGGUUUUCUUGGAACAUCUGCAAAUCUUCGUUACCAGAUAAUUGCUGGAUUAAUAGAGCAUCGCAUUUCUGAUGAGCUUUCUUCUCAACCUCUACUUGUAAAUGCAAUUUCAUUUGUUGUCAGGACACUUAAUUCAUAUUUCGGAACGCAGCAAUGGAUUGAUCUUGCGCGCUCUACGGGUCUGCAAACUCAGAAAACAAUCCCAGCCUCUAAGGAAAUUCCGGAGGCUUUGCAAGAAACUACGGUGGAGUGCAAUGCUACUGAAGAGGAAAGUAUUGACAAGAUCGAUAGUCAAUGA